AGUUCCACAGAUUUGUCCAGGAUGAGAAGUCGCAGGAGUGGAAUGCUGGAGAGCUCCCGGACACUCUACUCAAGUUUUUCCCGCAGCAUUGAACUGUCUCUGGAUGAAAUUGACACAGCCAAAUUCAUUCAAGAGAACUUUAAGAAGAGAGAGUGUGUGACAUACACCAAGGAUUCUAGGUCACUAGAAAGCCUGUGUAAGUGUGGCUAUUCCAAGACUCAACACAUUGAAGACACUCAAAACAACACAAACGACAAGUGGAACUACAAGAAACACACAAAGGAACUGCCCACAGAUGCCUAUGGGGAUAUUCAGUUUGAAGCAUUUGGCAGGAGAGGGAAGUAUAUCCGGCUGUCUAAAGACACAACCCCUGAGACAUUGUAUGAAUUGAUGACCAAAUACUGGCAGCUUAAAACCCCAAAUCUCAUCAUUUCUGUCACUGGAGGAGCCAAGAAUUUCUCUCUCAAACCACGAAUGCGCAAAAUCUUCAGCCGACUCAUUUACAUCGCUCAGUCUAAGGGAGCCUGGAUUAUAACAGGGGGCACUCAUUAUGGCCUGAUGAAGUAUAUUGGGGAGGUGGUCAGAGACAACACCAUCAGCCGGAGCUCGGAGGAGAAAGUCAUAGCCAUUGGUAUUGCAGCAUGGGGCAUGAUUUCCAACCGUGAGACACUUAUUCGGAAUCCAGACUCAGAGGGGAAUUACGUAGCUCAUUAUGUAAUGGAUGAGCAGAAGCGAGAUCCUUUGUACUGUCUGGAUAACAACCACACACAUUUGAUCCUGGUGGACAACGGAUCCCAUGGCCAUCCAACUACUGAAGCAGAUCUCCGAGCAUCUCUUGAGAAGUACAUCUCUGAACUCAACGUGCCUGAUUCCAAUUAUGGUGGGAAAAUACCCAUUGUGUGUUUUGCUCAAGGAGGUGGGAAGGAAACGCUAAAGGCAAUUAACAUAGCCAUCAAGAGUAAAAUUCCAUGCGUCGUUGUGGAGGGAUCUGGGCAAACAGCUGAUGUUAUUGCUAGCUUAGUUGAAGCAGAAGGUACUUCACUAGCUUCGUCGACCAUCAAAGAGAAGUUGCUCCGAUACCUUCCAAGAACUGUGUCCCGUCUGGCAGAGGAAGAGAUGGAAGCCUGGAUACGAUGGAUAAAAGAGAUUAUGGAAAAUUUUCAUCUUCUUACGGUGAUCAAAAUGGAGCAAGCUGGGGACGAGAUAGUGAGCAAUGCUAUAUCAUAUGCCUUAUAUAAAGCUUUCAGCACCAAUGAACAGGCUAAAGAUAAUUGGAAUGCGCAGCUGAAACUUCUCCUGGAAUGGAACCAGCUGGAGCUGGCCAGUGAGGAGAUCUUUACAAAUGACCGGAGGUGGGAGUCAGCUGACCUGGAGGAUGCCAUGUUUGCUGCACUGGUUAAGGAUAGACCCAAAUUUGUGCGACUCCUGCUGGAGAAUGGUCUCAACCUUCGCAAGUUCCUCAGCAGUGAAAUUCUCAGUGAGCUCUUCUCAGAACAUUUCAGUACCCUUGUAUUCCGUAAUUUGCAGAUAGCCAAGAAUUCCUACAAUGAUUCAUUGCUCACCUUUGUUUGGAAAAUGGUCCUGAGCUACCAGCGGAGUCGGAGGGAGGAGAGAAACAGUCGUGAUGACUCUGAGAUUCAGGAUCUUUCUCCAAUCAUAAAGCAUCCGGUCCAAGUAUUAUUCAUAUGGGCUAUUUUGCAGAAUAAAAGAGAGCUGUCUAAAGUUAUAUGGGAGCAGACAAGGGGAUGCACCCUAGCAGCAUUGGGAGCUAGUAAACUCUUGAAGAGCUUGGCCAAAGUGAAGAACGAUAUCAAUGCAGCUGGAGAGUCAGAGGAAAUUGCAAAUGAGUAUGAAACCAGAGCUGUGGAGCUAUUCACUGAGUGUUACAGUAACGAUGAAGAGUUGGCAGAGAUGCUCCUGGUUUAUUCUUGCGAGGCCUGGGGUAACAGCAACUGUUUAGAAAUGGCAGUCGAAGCAAAAGACCAGCAAUUUAUAGCACAGCCAGGAGUGCAGAACUUUCUCUCCAAGCAAUGGUAUGGAGAGAUCUCCAGAGAUACCAAAAACUGGAAAAUUAUUCUGUCCCUCCUGCUGUUCCCUCUCAUUAGCUGUGGAUUCAUCUCCUUCAGAAAGAAGAUGUCAGAUGGGACGAGAAACCAUCUGUGGAAAUACUUUGCUUUCUUCACCUCCCCGUUUGUUGUCUUCUCCUGGACAGUUAUUUUCUACAUUGGCUUUCUCCUUCUCUUUGCAUAUGUCUUACUUAUGGACUUUCAGUCUGCCCCGACUGGCCUGGAGAUCACAGUCUAUGUAUUGGUUUUUAUACUUCUUUGUGAUGAGAUAAGACAGAUGUACAUGAGUGGGGUGAAGUACUUUCUAGACCUGUGGAACAUUAUGGAUAUUCUGGGAAUCCUGUAUUUCGCUGCAGGAAUAAUAUUCAGACUUCACAGCACAAAUUCUAAUGCUCUGUACACUGGGAGAGUCAUCUUCUGUCUGGAUUAUAUCAUCUUCACUGUUCGCCUCAUCCACAUCUUUACUGUCAGUCGGAACCUGGGACCAAAGAUCAUUAUGCUGCAGAGAAUGCUUAUAGACGUGUUCUUCUUCCUCUUCCUGUUUGCUGUUUGGGUAAUUGCUUUUGGAGUUGCCCGUCAAGGAAUCCUGCGGCUGAAUGAGCAUCGCUGGGAAUGGAUUUUCCGCUCAGUUAUUUAUGAACCCUAUCUGGCAGUGUUCGGGCAGUAUAUAUCUGAUGUGGAUGGAACCACCUAUGACUUUGACCAUUGUACUGUUACUGGGAAUGAAUCCAAACCACUUUGCGUUGAGCUGGAUAAUGACCAUAAUCCUCGAUUUCCUGAGUGGAUCACCAUCCCAUUGGUCUGUAUCUACAUGCUGUCCACAAAUAUCCUGCUUGUCAAUCUGCUCAUAGCUAUGUUUGGAUACACAGUGGGUUCUGUGCAGGAGAACAAUGACCAGGUGUGGAAGUUCCAGAGAUAUUUUCUGGUGCAGGAAUACUGCAAUCGACUCACCAUUCCAUUCCCCUUCGUCAUAUUUGCCUAUUUCUAUAUGUUACUCAGGAAGAUGUUUAGCUGCUGCUGCAAACAACAGGAACCAGUACCUUCCCCAUGCUGUGAGUGAACACUAUUGUUUUAUAGAGAACAAAAAACAAAGGUCCACAUGCACUCAA